AUUUAUUUCAUCGGCAUUUACCAGCUGAUCAUUCGAGCUGCGCGACGGAGAUUUCUCAGUAAACUCUGCCGUGAUAUUCUCAGACACAAUGCCGUCAGACAAAAUUGACAAGAAGCGCAAGCGCGCAUCCGAUCGCCAUGAGCGUCCAACCAAAAAGACUGCUUUGCAGAGCCUCCCGACACUCGCAGCUAGCGUUGUCGAGGACAAGAGCGAGCUGGCGCCGGUCAUUGCUACUACCCCGGGUGUCAUGAACUCGAAAGGCUUCCGCUUCAACCCAUACAUCAAGACCCGCCAGGAUGUCGAGCGUACAGCUAGCCGGAACCCUGGUAUCGUCUCUAGCGAGAUGCUGUUGCAGUCAUCUGAACACCAGAAGAUGGACUUUGUUGGUCGUGAAGGAACCGGUGAAGAUGCGGACUCCCACUUGAAGCACUACGUCGCUGUCGUAGACCCGGAGCGCAAGACAUGGCAAAUUAUCGAAGCGCGCCGAGUUACUGUUCGCGGCGCUGUCCGGAGCAGGAAGCCCGAGGAGGAGGAGCAAGAGUCUGACGAGGAGAUGAGCACCAUGCGCGCCCAACGCACCAACCUUACCAACACCUUCGGUACCAAGCAAUCCCGCAAGGCUGUUCAGUCGAUGGCCGAGAACGCCCAGCUUUCCAGCGCUCCUGCCGGCACACUCAACCAAGCCGGUGCUGCUCUUAUUUCCUCACUCCCCGCAAAUGUGGCUUCCGGAUUGGCCAAGGCUACCAACGUUCAAGCCGAGGUGCAAGCAGCCAAGCCCUUGCCCACACCCGAUCUCACGGCUGUUCACCCGUCGGAUGUCUACUCGCUCGAGACCCUGGUUCCUGGCGGCCACUCUACCCUCCGCCAAUUGACUGGCAUCGACGAGUGGACGCAGCAAGUCGAGGCUGGUCUGGGCGUUGUCACUGGUUCGCGAUAUGUCUCCAACCGUGUCGUCGCCGUUGCACAGUCCGGCAACCCCACGCAAAUUCAAGUCCUUCGCUUUAUUCAGUUGUUGCUCGAGUUUACCCGCUCUCUCAAGGGUAUGGGCCGUGACAAGGGCGCCGGUCCCGGCAGCAAGAAGCUUCCUCCUCGCGAAGAUCUCCGCAAGAUCCUCUCCAGCACCUCCGGUGCAUCCAAGGCCGGCAAGGAAGAGGAGGAAACCAACACCGAGCUCCUCCCCGAUUCAGUGGUCGAUGCCGUGCGCCGCCGCUUUGCUCCCCAGGGUGGUUUCCUCUCCAAACACGACCUGACUCUCCUCCACACCACCAUCUGCGCUCUCACCUUCCACAUCCCCCCGCAGCCCGCCAAGGACGGCGGAUCCAGCUCUCUUGGUGGCAACUCGCCUAACGAGCUGGCCACCGACCCCUCGGAUCUGCGUGACGAUCUGCGUCUCGACUCGAACACUAUCCAGCAGUACUUCCGCGAGCUGGGUUGCCGUAUUGACAAGCCCCGUGAGUCGGAGUUCAGCAAGUGGAACAUCAAGGGUGGAAAGGCCGAGGCUGCUGCACGUCGUGUGGCUCGUCUGCGUAUUCCGCUCGAGUUCCCCAAGGUUAGCCGGGGUGGUCGCAAGUAGAUGUUUCGCCAGGAGGUCUUUGGUUUGUUCGUUGCAGCGGUUCACCUCGAAUUGUUCGGUGGUUAAAAUUCUCAUGUCGUUGUGUGGUAUAUCCGGCGUUUUUUUUUACUUCGAAAUGUGUCAUAUUUUUGAAACCUUUUCAUAUGAAUGCAUCUUGUUGCAUAUUGCAGCUAUGUCAUGACGAUAGUCUCCGUCUUUUUCUCGCUAGGUCAUUUCUAGCAUAGGAAGCUGAAAGACAACAUCGUAAGAGAGAGACGCAUGUCAUCUUGUCAUUGCUUAUGUUGUGUAACAUCUGAAUCUAUAUAUGCAAACUAGAUCUUAUAAACAACGGUUGCCCAAGCAUACGGAUCCCCAUCACCGAUAAUCAUGUACGGCAUAUCGAGCUAUAGUCUACCUCUGAUUGUACCAUAAAAGGUGAAGGGUUACUCAAUAAACCCAUCAGAAGUUCAAAAGAGUACAGAACAAUCAGACACUCAGAAGGAACCACUUUAGCACAGACAGGUACAAAUCGUUUGCUAGAAAGAUGUUCGAUCUUUUCUAGUAAAAACCGACUCAAGUUAACAAACCAACCUUACCACCCAACUACUCAGUCGACUCAUCCAAAAACUCCCCAAUAGCAACCAAAGACUUCUCCAUAACCCCAGGAUCAACGGUAAUAUGCACUCUCACAUACCCCCGGAAAUCCUCUGCCCCGCGCGUCCCAAAGCAAAGACUGCCCGGCGCCAGCAAAACCCCCUUCUUCUCUUGUAAUGCCCUACAAAACACGACGUCGUCCACCGGUCUUCGAUCUCCACCCAAAAACCUAAUAAACGCCGUGCCUCCGGCAGCUGGCCGCACCCACUCACAAAGACCCUUACGACUCUCCACAAAGGCAUCAAGCAGUGCGAUAUUGCGCUGCGCAAUGUCUAAAUGCCGGGCCAGAAUUUGCGGUCUGCACCGGUCACUGAGUGCUUCCGUGGCAAUGACGGAGUCAAUGGAACUCAAGGCCAUUGUGGUGUAGAGGCCGCGGUCGGAGCAUUGGGUUAGGAUAGAGGUGUUUAGGGUGGCCAGCCAGCCGAUUCGGGUCCCGGAUAGACCCCAUGCUUUGCUCAUAGAGCUUGUGACUAUUAUUUUGUCGGCAGGCGUCGACAGGGAUAUGAAGGAGGGCGGAGUGACUUCGGUGUGGAAGAGGGGGCGGAAGAUUUCAUCGACUAGGAUAGUGAGGCCGUGUGUCCGGGAUAGGUUGACGAUUUCGUAUGCCGUGGUGAGUGGUAAGAUUGAGCCGAGUGGAUUGUUCGGGUUAUUCAGGAUGAUCAUCUUGGUGUUCGGCCUGAUCAGCUCUUGUAGUUGUUGGAUGUUGGCUUGUGCUUCAUCUUGCAGACCGAGCGUCCAAUAUGAAACCUCCACCCCCGGAACGGAUUUGGGUAGGGAAAUCAACUGCGUGUAGCAGGGGUACAUGGCGAUGACGUGAUCUCCUGGCUUUAGCAGACUCUGAAGCAGAAGAGCGUUGGCACCCGUUGUACCGUGAGUCGGAAAGAUAUGCUCUGCAGUGACGGAGUCAUCGUAUAGAGCUGCGAUUUGCUGGCGCAGUGGUUUACUGCCGUCGAAUGGGCCAAGGGAGAGCUUCAGGGACUGGAAGGAAAGAUUGGCAGAGGUUGUCUCCUUGUCGGUAGAUAGAUCGAUUAGAUCUUGGAUGGAUAGAGAUGGUGCGGCGCUGCCGGCUAAUGCCAAUGUCGCGUUGUCUUUGUUGGAGUCGAUCCACUAGCGAGCAUGUCAGUAUAUUAGCGGGAAGGAGUUGUAGGGCUCUCUAGUCAAUGUACCUUUGGAAGCGCAAAGGAGGCU